AUAAUGGUCACAUUACGCAGUUGCCCCAGGCGACGAGUAAGAGUUAGAAUUUCGUUGCUGGUGAAGUUUCAUUGAAAAUGUCGCGUCUCAAGCUUGGGUUGUCUGUUUCGUCGCUUGUGCUUGUCAUUGUCUCCACCUCGAUCCUCUUCGCUGCAUUCUUUACGUCAAAGUGGUUGACCAAUACUCCAGUCAACAACGCCACUAUAUAUUUGAACUAUGGGCUAUGGGACAAUGGAUUGCAAAACUUAAAUUGUGACGUAACACCGUUCUCGAUUUGCAUGUAUACUCGUGCCGGAGUAUUUGCAUCAAUGGUCUUAGUUGUUCCAGCAUUCUUAAUGUCCAUGAUCUCCACUGCUAUUGUUGCAAGUGGUGGGAAUAUAGGAACCAGUGCGACACUUGCGCGAUCUGCAGCUGUCAUAUCAACAAUUGCUGCUAUUUGUUUGUUCAUUGGUGUGUUGUUGUACACGAUACAACACACAACUUGCAUUACUCUCUGCCCUCCAACAUACAACUACUACAGUGAGAAAACGAAGGACCUUCAUUUUAAUUUUUCCUUCUACUUCGCAUGGGUUGCUCUGCCGUUGUUGAUUGUAUCACUCACUUUUCAAUUCAUCUUUGCAUCGUUAAUUGCCAGAGAAACAAAAGAGGGCAUGUCCGCUACGGAAGAUAUACACAUGCAUCCUAUUGAAGAGAGAUACGAUAUCAGUAAGAAGAAAAGUAACGGCGUGUAAACCCAACGUAAACCAUGAAGUUUCUGCUUGUUGUUUACGGAUUUUUCAUUUAAACGUCAUUGCAUGUCAUGCUAUUGGAUUAGUUUGCUAUUAUAUGAUUCACAACAUAAAUCAAAGUAAUAGUUCCUGUUGGUUUAGUUUAAUAUUGUGUACUCAUUUUAAUGGCGUCAAUUGAAGAGCACAAGUGGAAAUAGCGUGAAUAUGGCACUCCACCGAGACUCAAGAUUCUAAAUCUCGACAUUACAGUCCAAGAAUUAAUUGAGUAAUAUCGGUUUUGAAAUAUCAACAGCGUGAGUUAUACCAUUCCAACGAAUUCCCACGUAAUUAGCCGGACUUGCUGCUCUUCAAGCGAGGUUGUUCAUUCAUUUAUACAGAAAAUGACAAAA